AUGUUGGCUUCUUCUUCGACGGCGGCGGUUGUUAAUGCUGGCGCUUCUACUUCGACGGCGGUUAAUGCUGACGCUUCUACUCCAAUGGUGGUGUUGCCGGCUACUUCGACGGCGGUUAAUGCUGACGCUUCUACUCCAAUGGUGGUGUUGCCGGCGCCGCCACCGUUCAGAAAGCAUGCUGGCGCUUCUAUUCCGAUGGUGGCGGUGAAGAUCGACUCUGAAAAUUUAGUAAAGAUUGAACCAGAGGAUGAUUACUCCGUGAAUACAUCUCGGCAGGCGGUGAAGAUCGAAUCUGAAAAUUUAGUAAAGAUUGAACCAGAGGAUGAUUACUCCAUGAACACAUCUCAGCAGGCGGUGAAGUAUGCGUGUCAAGAUUUAACUGUUGUGAAGAUUGAACCAGAGGAUGAUUACUCCAUGAAUACAUCUCAGCAUAAGGUGAAGCAGAUCGAAUCUCAAAAUUUAGUUAAGAUUGAACCACCUCAACAGGCGGUGAAGAUUGAACCACAAGAUGAUACAGAUACACCUCAGUAUGACUACUCAAUUAAUGUACCUCAACAACAGCAACAGCAGCAACAGCAGCAGCAGGAUCACUCAACAGAACAAGACAGCAUUCAGAAAUUAGAAAUGGAAAUGUUACAAGAGUUAAAAAAUCAAAAAUUAUUUCUUCAACCGUCGGCGGCAGCAACAUAUGUUGUUACUACCAACUACCACCAGCCGCCGCAGCAGCAGUAUCACCACCGGACGCUGACGCCACAUCUACCACCAGCGCCACCGGAGAAGCUUCAACAACAUUCCGCUGUUGUGUCAGAAGAACACGACAGCAACUGCAGUGGUCGGUCCUCUUUGGAAGUUGGAACCAGUGCCGGAACCAGUGCCGGAACCAGUGCCGGAACCAGUGCCGGAACUAGUGUUGGUGGUGGUGUCCAAUACUACAAUCCUGUUGUUUCGUUUCAACAUCGUCUUCUUCACCAUGAACGUGUCCAAGAACAACCAAAAUCGCAGACAACCCCCUCCAGCCACCCACACUCCCAUCAGUAUGAUCCCACUGUUCUUGUUAGUAAUUUUUCUGGUCAUAGUAAUGAUACAUGUCCUGUCACGAUCAUUUGGGAGUUGACGGACAUGGGGAUGCUGCAGUUUCGAGGCAAUGCCGUGUUGUAG